ACUACUCCAGAAUUGGCUGAGCCCUCAGUUUUGAAAAUCGUAGAUUUCGCCCGCGCUGCGUCGCCCAUUCCUGCGCUGCCCAUUGCUGCGCUGUGUGGUGAGCGCUGAUCCGGAGCCAGCGGGUCUGGCGAGCGGCCGGGGCCGGACGGAGACGGCGGACGUGACCGGGGAGCCUGAGCCGGCGGGCGGGCGGCGGACAGAGCCACCAUGGGGACGGCAGCCCCAGGGCCCAUUCACCUGCUGGACCUCUGUGACCAGAAGCUCAUGGACUUUGUGUACAACAUGGACAAGGACUUGGUGUGGCUCAAGGAGAUCCAGGAGGAGGCUGAGCGCAUGUUCACCAGAGAGUUCAGCAAAGAGCCCGAGCUCAUGCCCAAAACUCCUUCUCAGAAGAAUCGCCGGAGGAAGAGACGGGUUUCUUACGUUCAGGAUGAGAACAGGGACCCCAUCCGGAAAAGGUCUUCCCACAGGAAGAUCCGGAGCGGCCGGCUGAGCUCCCGGCACCUGCGAGGCAAGGACAAGGUGGAGAAGCUGGCCACGGUGGUCGGGGACCAGGGCUCCCCCGUACUGCUUCGGAGGAUGACCCGUGCCGCUGCCGCUGCUGCUGCAGCCGCCAGGGCGUCAGCCGCCCUCGAGCGCACCCUGGGGUCCCCCGUGGACCGGGGCCAGGUGCCCGUGGUGGAGAUUGGCACUGCCGAGCGCCACAGCGCUGAGCAGCGGCUUGCCCAGCUCAGGGCCACCCCCAGCCCCCUGCAGGCCGCGCCCCCGGCCCUGGCUGAGGACUCGACGCCGGCGAAGUCAGGGGCCGGGAGCCUGGAGUCCGUCACUGUGAGCACCCUGGUGACCACCCCGCAGGACCCCCGGAGCCGAGGCGCCGGCACGGGGCGCUCCGCCUGCAAGCUCAGGAUCGCGAGGGCCGGGGGCCCCAGCCCGCAGGACUCACCCCACUGCCCAGACUCCCCGUGGCGGGGGCGGGUGCUGGCUCCCAUCCAGCCCAACGGCAGCUCCACAGCCGCAGGCUCCCAGCCUGUGCGUCGAAGCCUGAUCGCCCCGGGCCCCCAGGACGCGCUGGCCCAGGAGUACACCCUGGUGGCCCAGCAGGAAGGCACCCACCGCAGGUUGAGCAGGAGCAUUGCCCAGAGCACGGCCCCAGAGCCCGCCACCUCCGCCCGCAUCAUCUGUCACAGUUACCUGGAGAGGCUCCUGAAUGUUGAGGUGCCGCAGAGAGUCGGGAUGUCUGAGCUGCGAGGGCCCUGUCCCCUGCCAGGGCUGGGGUCCCACAGUGGCCGCUGUGCUUUCAGCCCCAGGCAGGAGGAGCCCGGCGGGAAGGCUGAGCCCAUGGUGGCAGUGGCUGAGCCUGAGGACCCUGGGAGCGGCCAGAACACCUUGCUGGCCCGCGGUGCUACCGACACCGCUGUCCGCACGCCCAACUCCCAGCCAGCCCCUGGUGGCCGGGAGAUGGCCCCUGAAGGGCAGCAGCAGGGGGUCGCAGCCAACAACGCCGAUGGACGCCGAGAGCAGCCCCAGAGCGUCAGGAGGAAGCGCAGCUACAAGCGGGCAAUGAGUGAUCUGGAGGAGGAGCCUUCGCUGGUGGACGAGGACCUGCAGCCCCCCAGGAGCAAGACGCCCUCCCCGCCCGGCCCGGGCAGCAAGGUGGUGCGGCCGCUGCGGACCUUCCUGCACACCGUGCAGCGGAACCAGAUGCUCAUGGCGCCCGGCUCCGCCCCCCGCCGCGCCGGCAUGACAUCCUUCAUCAAGCGCAACACCCCGCUGCGCGUGGACCCCAAGUGCAGCUUCGUUGAGAAGGAGAGGCAGCGCCUGGAGAGCCUGCGGCGGAAGGAGGAGGCUGAGCAGCUGCGCAGACAGAAGGUGGAGGAGGAGAGGCGGAGGCGACGCGAGGAGGAGAAGCUGAAGCGGGAGGAGCGCCACCGCAAGGUGCUGCAGGCGCGGGAGCGGGUGGAGCAGCUGAAGGAGGAGAAGAAGAAGCAGAUGGAGCAGAGACUGGCGCAGCUGGAGGAGAAGACAGAGAAGGCCAAGGAGGAGCGGCAGGCAGAGGAGAAGGCCAAGCAAAAGGCCGAGGCACGCAGGAGGCAGGAGGCGGAGGCACGCAGGAGGCAGGAGGAGGAGGCGCGUGGGCUCCGGAGGCUGCGGCAGGAGGAGGAAGAGCGACGCCACCAGGAGCUGCUGCAGAAGAGGAAGGAGGAGGAGCAGGAGCGGCUUCGCAAGGCAGCUGAGGCUCGGCGCCUGGCGGAGCAGCAGGAGCAGGAGCGGCGGCGGGAGCAGGAGCGGCUCCAGGCUGACAGGGAGCUGCAGGAGCGGGAGAAGGCCCUGCAGCUGCACCGGGAACUGGAGAAGAAGGCCCAGGAGGAGCAGCAGCGCCUGGCUGAGCAGCGGCUACAGGAGGAGCAGGAGCAGAAAGCCAGGGAGGCAGCAGCAGCUAGCAAAGCCCUGAAUGUGACGGUGGAGUCCCCAGCCUGUACCUCCUAUCAGAUGACCCCUCAAGGGCACAGGCGCCCCCCCAAGAUCAACCCAGACAACUACUGUAACUACGGGAUGGACCUGAACAGCGAUGACUCCACCGAUGAUGAGGCCCAGCCCCGCAAGCCCAUCCCGGCCUGGGCCCGAGGCACCCAGCUCAGCCAGGCCAUUGUCCACCAGUACUACCACCCCCCGAGCCUCGCCGAGCUCUUCGGGACCAUCGCCCCCCUGGACCUGGAGGACAUCUUCAAGAAAAGCAAGCCCCGCUACCACAAGCGCACCAGCUCGGCUGUCUGGAACUCACCGCCCCUGCAGGGCAUCCGGCUCCCUGGCAGCCUGGCCUGCAGCCUGAAGAAGUACUGAGGCCUCGGGCCUGCUGAGGCUCAGUGCCAUCCGAGGCUGUCCUUGCCCAUGCCGUGCUGCAGGCAGGAGGUGGCCGCAGCCACUUGGAGGACGGUGCCAUGGGUGGCCGGGGAAGGGCAGGUGUGCCCCAGCCGGCCUCAGGCAGCACUCUGUAAAUAGGUGUUACAGUCAGUCCAGCUGAAUUUUAGCGUCUAGUGUUUGAGGUAGAUGAAUAAAGUGUAUUCCUUUGAGCCUGCUGUGGGUAUCGUGCAGGUGUGUGGCGGCUUGGGGUCCCGAUCCUGGCCCUGCACCCCAGUGUCUGGCCGUUGGAUGAGCUGGAGGCCUAGGCAGGCUCCAUGCAUGCCCACGGUGUCCCUCGUCACCUGCCGCUGCUGCGGAGGGUGGUGGCCCUGGGACGCAGGUGCUUGCCUUCCCCGUGGGCAGGGCACAUGCUUCCGGGGCUCGGUGCUCUCGUGGGAAGGGACUGUUGGGCAGGACCUCGGCCCUACCCAGCCCUGCUGCGUGGUCUCAGGCUCUGCCCGCUGAGCAGUACAGGGCCUGUGGUGUGUGCAGGAAACGUGUCCCCUAAGACUGCCUUGGACCAGUGCUUGAAGCAGCGGGAGCUCCCUGUGUCGAAGCCCUGCAGCCGGGGAGAGCCGUGAAGAGUCCUGGCCUGGCUGCCUGCUGCUGCCCCAGCCCUGGUGCAGCCAGCAGACUCUGGCCUGGGGCCGGACCAGGCCCCUGUCACUGCCACACACUGGGUGGGAAUGCCUGUUUCUGCAGCUGGCCUGCUCUGUGGAAGGGAUUCAGUUGUGCAACUGGGAGUUCACUCUCUGCACCUGUAUAGGAAGCCUGCUGGCCCCUGCGUUAGGAGAAAAUAAAGCUGAAAUACUAGGGUGCUCUAUAGAAGAAGCAGGUAGCGAGCACUCACAGGUGCACGCGUUGAGCUGUUAGGUGUUUUGUUGACUGGGAGUCACAUCCCAUAGACUGGAGAGUGCUCCUUUGUCUCAAAUUGCAGCAUGAAAGCGCCACCCCUUGGGAGCGUGUCUGUAUAGCGAGUUUGAGGCACAGCUGUGGUCUCCAGUGCCGGCCGCCUUCCCCCGUGGCCCUUCCAGUGUUCAGUGCUGCUCGUCGUGGCCUGGAUGGCCAUGGCCCUGUGGUGGGUGUCUCCGGCUCAUCUGCUAGCUGUGUAUCUUGGUGAAGCGUCUGUGCAGUCUUGUUCGUGUUUAAAUUAUGUUCUCACUGUGGAGUCUGAGCCCUUGCAUGUUGUGAGUGAGUGUGUUGGUGGGUGCGCCUGCGGAGGUAUUUCUCACGGCCUACAGCUCCUCAUCAGCAGUCUCACAGUGGAGUUUAGUCUGGCCUAGUGCAGCUUGCUACACGUAGGGUUUCAUGGGUUCUGCUUUUCUUGGAGCCAUGUCUGAGGACUGCCUGGCCUCAGGUCCCAGAGAUUUUGAUAAACUAACAAUUCGUGACUAGAACUCUAUAGUAUUUAAAAGAAAGAUGUUCUCACUUUUAUAAAGCACUUCCAUAGAAACAAAACUGAGGGCCAGGGAUUUAGCUCAGUGGUUCCUCCACCUGCCUCACUACUGCAAGGUCCUGAGUUUGAUCCCCAGUAACAAAAACAUCUGAGCUCAGUGAGCAUCACCAGUUCCUUCUGCCAGUUCAGUGCAGAUGCCGGCUCCCAGCCCCUCAGCUUUUCGGUUGGGUUGUCACCGCUGCAGUAGGGCAAAGAGAAGAAGGUGUUUGAAAGAAGAUUUAAAACUUCAAGGGUUGGGGUGUCGCUCGGGUAGAGCAUGUGCCUGGCUGGCUCGAGGCCCUCGGUUCCAUCCCCGGGACCAAAUCAGGACAGAGAUGAACCUUAGAGCCAACGGUGCGAAGCAAGAUGCUGUCAGAAGCAGUUUGGUGUGAUUGCAGGGUACAAGACUACACACAAACAUCCACUGUCUUUCUGUAUGUCACCUGCACAAUCAGAAAUUGAAAUAAAUGCUAACUAGUUAGUCUA